CCCGCGCAUUUUUCGGACUCUGUUAUCCGUUUAUUUUUCGUUUCCUGAUCUUUGUCACCAUGCCUACUGUUUAUAUCAUCUUUUAUUCUUUAUAUCACCACAUCUACACCGUUGCCAAGGAGGUGCAAAAGGGAUUGGAAUUGCAAGGCAUCGAAGUGAAACUUUUCCAGGUUCCCGAGACAUUGAACGAGGAAGUGCUCACCAAGUUGCACGCUCCUGCCAGACCUGAUGUUCCCGUUAUUUCGGUUGAUCAGCUGACGGAAGCCGAUGGUUUUAUGUUUGGUAUUCCUACUCGUUUCGGUACGAUGCCCGCUCAAAUCAAAUCCUUCUUUGAUGCCACUGGCAAACUGUGGGCUUCAGGUGCCUUGUCCGGCAAGUUCGUCGGCACCUUUUUCGCUACAGGUGUGCAGCAUGGUGGCCAGGAAACCACCUCACUCACGGCGGUCACCUACUUUGCCCAUCACGGUAUGAACUAUGUUCCUCUCGGUUUUGCCGACGCCAAUCUUUUCGAUAAUUCCGAAGUCGUCGGUGGUUCGGCUUACGGUGCCGGCACUGUCACCAAUGGUGAUGGAUCGCGUCAACCUAGCGAAAAGGAACUUGCCGUCGCGCGUACUCAAGGCCAAAACUUUGGCAAAAUCUUGAGCGCUUAUCACCGCGGUUUAGAGAAGACAGCUACCAACAGCCCUGCUCCUUCUCAAAAGGAAGCGUCCGAUAAACCCGCCGCCACCGCCACCACCACCACCACCACCACCACGGCUGAACCUGCCGCCAAGCCUGUCGAUCAGGCACCCAAGGAGCGAGAAGUCAAGAAGGAAACUGCUGCUAAACCGGCUGAACCCAAGAACAAGGCAGAGGAAAAGAAGAAGAGCAGCUGUUUCUGCAUGUAAAAUCUUUUUUUUUCUUGUUCAUCACCAUCCUUUCUUCGCAUACUGUACCACUCCUCUUAUACAUAACAUUUUACACUAUUAAAGUACAAUCUACUUCAAAAUAAAAUAUAUUUUGUCAUCCACCUAAAUCCCAGAAGGCCAUCAUUAACAAUAAGGUCAAGGAAUAGCCGGAAGCUUGCAUGGAUCUCGCUUGGAUCUGAACUGCCAUUUAAAGAAAAAUUUAUCGGGUGUU